AUGGAAACGUUACAAGCCAUAGAAUGGGCUGUGGGUGUUGAAGCAAAAUUAAAUUCAGCCACAUGUUCAAAAACAAAUACUUUGUUAACAAUAUUUGCUUAUAUUCUCAUUUGGUUACAACCAGUGAUGUUCACAACAUUUUCUGUUAAAGGAGAUAAAAGAUUUCCUCUGUAUUAUACAAUUUAUACGCUCAUUGUAGCUAUGAUCAAUCUAUUCGUCGGUUUUGUUAAUCCAGCAGGAGGUUUGGAUACCAUGACUCUCACAGAAAAGAAUAAUUAUGGUCAAUAUACCUGCACAUAUAUGGGUGAAUACGGACAUUUGGUAUGGAAAUUUGCUAUUAGUACAUUUGUAUAUCAGCCAACUCAUUUUGUUUAUCAUUCAGUUAUUCUAAUGAUAUUUAUGUUUAAUUAUGAUUUUAUUUUGAAAACUACUAUCGCACUCGGAUGGACUCUGACAUUUUUUGUCUCUCUCUAUAGUGUGGGAAAUGGUGCUGAGCUAACAUCAUACUGGUGUCUACUAAGCGUCUUUGCUGAUAUACCCAUUCUUAUUUAUACAACAUUUCAUAAAUAUAAUAAACAGAAAAAAGUUUAG